AUGCCAUAUGAAUUACUGAACAGAAGGAAGCCCAAGCUAACACAUUUAAGAACAUUUGGUUGUAAAUUUUUUGUCCUCAACAAUGGCAAGGAAGCACUUAGAAAGUUCGAUGCCAAAAGCGAUGAAGGAAUCUUUCUGGGCUAUUCAUCACAAAGCAAAGCCUACAAAGUAUACAAAAAAAGAACUCAAUGUGUUGAGAAAAGCAUACAUAUGAUCUUCAAUGAAUCUCAUCACCCAUGUGAAAAGGAUUUUAAUGAUAAAAAUGAUCAAGACAGAGAACAGUCAAUUGUCCCUGGUGAAGUCAGUGACAUGGCAAAUGGAAAGGUAGAUAUGAUGAGCCAUGUUGAGAAAUCAAAUGAGGAUGGUGAAACCAUAUCUCCAAUUAAUGAAGAGGAACUUGGUCCCUUAAUCACAACAAUUGAAGCUAAGAACAGAGUUGUCGAUGUUGUCCAAGGCACGCCACAUGCUGAGAUAAGAAGAAGCCAAGCAAUGCCUAAGAAGGCUACAACCGCCCAGGAGGGCAAGUCUAUGGCUGAUGAGACUACAAGUCGAGCACCACGAGUUACCAGGGCUCGUGGAAAGUUGCAUAGUGAGACUCCAUCUCAAACUUCACAUACCAUGCCCUCUCCAGAGGAAAUCCGAGGGGCACCAGCUCCAGUACCCGCUCUAGUAACCCCAGCUCCUAAGCCAGAUGCACCGGGUUAG